GAGUUAAGAGAAAGAUGGGGGACGAAAAAGGUAAUAAAAAAAAGUUGGCAUGAGCUGGUACUCAACGUGGCUGGCGGUUUCCACUCUGAUAUAUAAAUACGACGCAGUCGAAAAUGGCGUGUGUAAUUGGUCAUCGUCUCUCAUUCUCUCUGUAUAUUCAUUCUUCUUGAAAAGGGAUUUUGAGAGAUUCAUUAAUUAAUUCAGAUCUGCGAUAAGAGAAGAAUAGGAUUUUUUUUUUUGGUCAUAAAUGGCGACGGUUUCCCCUCUCGCCAAAUACAAGCUCGUUUUCUUAGGCGAUCAAUCGGUUGGUAAAACCAGCAUCAUCACCCGUUUCAUGUACGACAAAUUCGACACAACCUAUCAGGCUACUAUUGGUAUCGAUUUUUUGUCAAAAACAAUGUACCUUGAAGAUAGAACUGUUCGUCUGCAGCUUUGGGAUACUGCAGGCCAAGAAAGAUUUAGAAGUCUUAUUCCAAGCUACAUAAGAGAUUCUUCUGUUGCAGUUAUUGUAUAUGAUGUAGCUAACAGGCAAUCAUUUCUGAACACUAACAAGUGGGUUGAGGAGGUACGUCAAGAACGUGGCAGUGAUGUUAUCAUUGUAUUGGUUGGAAACAAAACUGAUCUUGUCGAUAAAAGGCAAGUUUCUAUAGAGGAAGGAGAUGCCAAGUCCCGAGAGUUUGGAAUCAUGUUUAUAGAAACCAGUGCAAAAGCAGGCUUCAAUAUCAAGCCUUUGUUUCGUAAGAUUGCUUCUGCCCUGCCAGGGAUGGAAACUCUUUCUUCCACAAAGCAGGAAGACAUGGUUGACGUAAAUUUAAAACCUACGGUGAAUUCAUCCCAGACAGAGCAGCAGGGAGGAGGUUGCUCAUGUUAGAGAAGAUUCUUCUAUGUUCGGUAGAUAUAUAUAUAUAUAUAUAUAUAUGUUCACAGAGUAUAUUACUGGGAAUGACUGUUUCAAUGUAAAGUGAAACUGGAGGAAGCGUGCUUUCACAGCAAUGAUCCUUCAGUUAAUUGGUGUGAGGGACAAAUUGCGGCAAUGAUUUUGAUGUAUGACAAAAGAGAUUGGUAGUUUUUUUUUUUUUUCAUUUGUUAUACAAUUAGCCCUGGAUGUAAGAAUACAGGUAAUAAACAAGCCCUCUAAGUUGUCUGUCUUAGGUGUAUGUUAUCCUUUGUUUUUGUCAAAUAUUUCAUUCUUGAAGAGAUGACUGUAUAACACUCUGAUCGGACCCCCUUUUGCUUUAGGACACUCAUUGGCCCUAUCAAAAGCAGAGUUGCAUA